AAGCCAACAAUAUAUAUAACACACACACUAGCUAUCAAACCAAAAAUCAUUGCUUCUUAGUUCUUACACCCAAAACUUCAAAAACUCAAAAACAGAGUUACUCUGUUUUUGUUUUGUAGUCUUUCCUAGCCAACUUUCAUUUAUACAAAGAAAAAAAAAUUAUCUAAACUCAGUAACACGUAAAGAAGAAUCCUCUAAGUAACACUAUUGAACACUCACUCACUACGACCUUGUGAUUCCUCUUGAGUUACACUCAGCCAUCAACAUCAUGAGGAACUUUUCAAAGAACAAAUUUUUUCUUUGUUUUCGCCCUGUCGUUGAUAUAGAUGCCAUGUUAGAAUCUAAGGUUUCUUCUCAUCGUUCAGAGAAGAAAUCUGCGUUGAAAUUUUCAGAGAGUUGGAUCAAACAACACUCUCCAAAACGUACGGUUUUGAAAGUCAUCAAAGCUGUUGUGUUAGAAACGAUUUUGAAUAAAAGAGCUCGUUACAGCCUUGAUUAUUUUGGUGUGUCAAAGAAUAAUUAUUCAACUUAUAAAAAAGUAUCCAAAGCUUCUCAAUCGUCUUUGCCAACUUUAACAUCAGAAAGUUCAUCUUCUUUAAGCUCAAAAGUAUCACAAUCAAAGAACAUGUCCAUCAAAGGGAGACAAAAAGAAGGUAGCAAUGAAGGGUCACUAAUAGAGAAGCAAAAGAAGUUUGAGUUCUAUGCAAUGUGUUUGGUUCUCAUAAGCUUAGCAUUUACAGUGUUUUGGGGGAAGUUGUCUGGUAUUAUUAUGACAUCAAUAUGGCUCUACUUUUUCUCUCUUUGGAACUCACACUAUAGCUGUCAAAAGAUGUUGCAAAGGAAACAUAGACACCAGACACUAAUGUACCAUGUGAAGAGUAUGGAAAAUUUGAGAAAAUACAACUAAUUGAAUGUAACUAUAGAUUUUGGUGUCAUAGCCAUGUUUGAGAUUGAUACAUAUGUGUCAGACACCAGUCUAUUUCAACACUACUAAAUAUAUUAAUUAAUUAGAUAGUUAGUUAGAAUAAUUAAUUAUACUAGUCAGUUGUUAUUCAUAAUUAUAUAAGUUUUGAGUAUUAUUUGAUGAACUUGAUCAAUUAUCUUAUUA